UCCUCUCGUUCUAUUCUUCUUCUUCUUCUUCUUCUUCUUCUUCUUCUUCUUCUUCUUGACCAUUUGACAGGUAAAUCCACAAUUUGUUUCUCAUCCUCUUCGUUCCUCGCAUUUAGGGUUUCGUUCAUCGGUGCAUGACGAGCGCAUCGGAGCUCUUCUACACCCGAAGAUCGCGUCUGGGUCGACCCGACCCGGAUUUGGGAUCCGACCCAUCUCUCAACCGGAGUUUUCACCACGACCACCACGACCACCACCGUCGCCACCGUCAAAACCAUCAGACCCGCCAUAAUUUCGACGGAUGUGACUCUCUCCGGCGAGCCUCGCGCCUCCGACAGUUCGCUUUCUCUGAGCGUAGACCUAAUCGUAAUUUGCAGAGCACGACCCAGGUCUUGAGUAGGAACAGUGGAAAUGGUGAAACUCAGAGUGUCGGAAACUGGGGAAGCUUGAAUGAGACCGAGAGGCUUCCCGGAGCUGUUCUGCUUGCUAGGGCAAGACUUGUCGAGAGAUUGAGGGGAGUGUCUUUUUCUGGUAACAGGGGAAGGGAUUCCGCCUCUCGUACCAGCCUGAGUUUGAUCGAUACUGCAGACACCGUUCCCUUCUUCCCCGACCUAACCUCUCAACCCGAGGGUUCACAGCUAUCCCGGGAAUACAACAAGAAGCCACACGGCCUCACCCGAGACGCCAUCAACGGUUUACACAGGCGAGAGUUUAUCUCCUCGGAGGUGAAAACGGAUUGUAGCAUAUGUUUGGAGAGUUUCAGAGACGGGGAUGUGCUUAUAUCCUUGCUCUGUAGCCACAGUUUCCAUUCCUCGUGUUUGGUUCCUUGGCUUAGAACUUGCGGAGAAUGCCCUUAUUGCCGUAGAGCCGUAUAAUCAAAUAGGACUUGUAAUCUUUCUAACCAUUACCCAAUCACAUCUAUCUUCCCUAUGUUCUUUUUUAUUUUGAAGAUCUUAAAACGAAAGAACCAGUCCCUUUUGCCCUAAGGUUUUUUUUUUUUGGUUUCUUUGUGAGAAAUUGCCUUUUGUGUUGAUAUGUUAUAUAUUUUCUUUCUGUCACGACAUUGUUCGGUCAUUGCAUGUUGUUCAUGUUCGUA